AUCUUUCCAAACGAAACCAUCAGGCCGCCGCCCUUGCUCCCAUCUCUAACCCUAAUCAUCGCACUCCCAUCUGUACAUCGCUUGGUGAGAAGGGGGCAAGAAGAGGUUGGUCCUUCCUGGUGAUCCACAUAUGGCGACUCGUGCCUCCAACACUGUUGGCGACCACGGAGAUCCUGCUGAUGGAGACGCCGGCAACCAAGGGAUCAAGAAACCACACCGGCGCCCUGCUCAUCCCCAAGGUCUCACUGAUGACCAUGAGUUACAGUUUCAAUCUACUGAAACCAGCAGAGCCCCAACUGAUGGAAACGACGGCGACCAAAGGAUCAAGAAGCUCCAACGUCGUCCUGCUGUACCCCAAGGGCUCACUGAUGACAAUGAGCUACCGUUUCAACCUAUUGAACCAAGCAGUAUGCGGGACUUCAUGUACUAUCUGAAACGAUGUGGCAACGACUCAGCAAGCCUCAUCUUGCUUGAUUAUGACCACCAAACAGAAUCUAUGAUGGCUGCCAAUGAGGUUGAGAGGAAACUCAGACUAUUGAUAUCAACAGAGCAACCGUCCGAAUUAAUGAAGUCUAUAACGCCCAUGAAGCGACCAAGGGGGACAACUACAAAAAGUCGUAUAGAUGUACCUACUGCAGAAGAACCAAUUGAUGCAUACAAGGAAUGGCUUGAAAUCCUGCAACAAGAGCAACCUGAAACGGAAUUUAGAGAUGAUUACAGGGACGAAACCAUCAAGACAUAUAAAGAAUGGUUGAGGCGUAAAGGCUAUCUUAGAGACAUCUAUGCAUAUGCACAAGAUGAUGAUGCCAAUGACAAUGUUCGAGUUGCUGCUGAUGAACACCGUACACAUAGCCCGUCACCAAAAAAAGAAUGGCCAUCUCAUGCAAGGCGUAGAUCAAGAAAAGGGACAGGUGCAAAUGAAGGUUGUAAAAAAAAGGGCGUGGUACCCUCAAGGGUUUAUUAGCAGCUAUAAAGAGAAUAAAGAGUGGCUCCCAGAAACUAAAAAUUGAU